CCCGCAGCAUGGCGGCCGGCGGCGGGCGGUGGCGGUAGCGGCGGCAGCGGCGCGGCCCAUGGCGCGGGCGGGCUGGGUGCGCUCGCAGCCCUGCGCGCUGGCGCUGGCGGCCGCGCUCGCUGUCUGCGCCUUCUACUACCUGGGCGCCGGCCGCGAGACCUUCUCCAGCGCCACGCGCCGCCUGCGGGCCACGCGCGCCGCCACGCCGCCCGCCACGCCGCCGGGCCCGGGCGCCGUCCCUGUCCCCGUCGCGGCCCGCGACCUGCACCUGCUCAUGAUGUUCACCAAGGCGGAGCGGAGCCCCGCGCUGCGCGCCAAGGGCCAGGCGGCGCUGCGCUCCCUGCUGCGCCACGGCCGCCUCCGGCGCGGCGACGCGCUGCGCCUCCACCUCGUCACCGAGGGCGCCAGCAGGGACAUCGGCGAGGGCCUGCUGCGGGAGCUGCUGCGCGGCGCCGCCUUCCGCCACGAGGUAAUAUUCCACGAUGUGAAUGUAUUGACCGAAAAGCUGUUUCCGAUAGUCGAAGCCAUGCAAAAACACUUCAGUGCUGGAUCGGGGACCUACUACAGUGAUUCAAUCUUCUUCUUGUCGGUUGCGAUGCAUCGUAUCAUGCCCAAAGAAAUAACGCGAAUCAUCCAGGUAGACUUGGACCUGAAAUACAAGACCAACAUCCGAGACCUGUUUGAGGAGUUUGACAACUUCCAGGAAGGAGCUGUCAUUGGGAUUGCCAGGGAAAUGCAACCAGUAUACAGGCACACGUUCUGGCAGUAUCGCCGUGAGAACCCCCAAACCAAAGUGGGGGAGCCCCCUCCCGAUGGGCUGCCUGGCUUCAACAGCGGUGUCCUGCUCCUGAACUUGGAAGCUAUGAGGCAGUCCAAGCUCUACAACCAGCUGUUGGAGCCUGCCAUGGUGCAGAAGCUCACAGAGAAGUACCAUUUCAAGGGCCACCUUGGGGACCAGGAUUUCUUCACCAUGAUUGGGAUGGAGCACCCAGAACUGUUCCACGUGCUCGACUGCACAUGGAACCGGCAGCUUUGCACAUGGUGGAAGGACCAUGGCUACAGCGAUGUGUUUGACCAGUACUUCCAGUGUGAGGGUGAGGUCAAAAUUUAUCAUGGGAACUGCAACACCCCGAUCCCUGAAGACUAGGGCACCUGCCUCCUCUGGAAGCAGAUCUGCCUGCCUUUGGCUGGUGACUGCAACAAUUCCUACAAAGCUGUAUAAGAGCCAUAGAAAGCCAUCGUGGCUGCACCAGCAGUCCUUCUGGAAGGGUGGCCAGCCUGAUCCAUUGCAUCUCUGGGGGAUCUGCAUUUCAGAGGGAUUCCUGAUCCCUGGAGACCCCAGGAGCUCACUAUCCCACUACCUAUAGCCUCAUCGCUCUAGGAGAAAGUGCAGUUUAGUGGCUAGAGCGGGACACUUGCAGUCGACCUGCCUGGGCUCCAUUCCUAACUCUGACACUGGCUCACCGUGUGACUUUGGGCAGUUCCGUGGUGCCAUCUCUGCUACAGUCUCUUGCCAGCAUUGACUCCCCCCCCCCCCCCCCCCCCAGGCCUGGGGGCUGCACAUGGCAGUGCUAGAGACAGCUGAGGGGCUUUGAGGUGGUCGCUGCUUUUGCACACUUGCCGAGGGUGCUGGCGCCGUGGGUGCUAUGCAGCACUGCGUUAUCUAACGGUUAACAGGAGUUUGCAGCUAGGCCGUUGGGGUUUCAUUUUAGCAUUCCUUGGUGGCCCAUUUCUGCACCUCAUGCAGAGCAUCCGUCUGGACCGUCUCAAGAGCAGACACUGUCCUCAGGUCAUCUUCCUUUUGAAGCAUUCCAGAUAGGCAGAAGGGUUUUAAAGACUGACAAAGCUGCUUUAAAUUGGGUUACCUGCGAACAAAAAUUGAAUGCUAGAUGAGCUUUAAAGCCUUCCAUUGGUUCUUCUUAGCAAUAAAAGCUUUACUGCCGUAUCUUGUCUUAAAAGCAUUCGGUGAGCGUGUACAAAUAGGUUCAUUUUUGUAGCUUUGCCUUUAACCUUUUGUACUGUAAUAAAGCUGCAGAUGUAAAACACACUUGGCUGGUUUUCUGCAGCACAACUAAAGUCAUGUGUCAUAGAAGUUUUUGUGUUCUUUUUAUCAUGAUUAAAAAGUAGUUGAUAUACA